CAGAAUGAACUCCGAUUUAAUUCAAUUGUCUAAAUCCUAAAAUUUUGAUCUAUGGUUGAACAAAACUGGAAUGUGUUCAUUCACUUUUGCUUGAGUGUUAAAAACAACUGGUUGGACUUGAAAGCAGCUUCGAAGCAUAACCGGGGUGAAAGGAAAUGGAGUAAGCAACUUGGAAGGAGCGAGUUUCAAUCCACUUCAACUACUUUAUUUGUAUAAUAUGAGCUUGCCGUCGUGUCAUUUGGAGGAAAAUUGGUGAGUCGUUUUGUCCCCAGCUGAUUUAGAUUUUGGGUGUACGCGUUGCUUCAAAAUGCCCGCAGAAGUGAAGCAGAGAAAGAAAAAGCAAAAUGAUGAAAAUCUUCCCGAUUGUGUUAACAAACAAGAAGACACACAAGCGAAACGUGAAAAUGUCAGCACAUCUCCUAAAACGUCGAGUUUGGACCUCAAAUGUAUCAUGUGCGUCCUGUCAAUUUCGAUGUGUGUGGCACUCGGCUGGAUAGUGCUGCAGCAGAAUGCCAGGUUCUCCCAAAUGGAGGAAAAAUUUGCACGCUUGUAUGGAAAGACGUCAAGUUUGUCUGUUAUGGAGGAGAAAGUCGAGAAGGUGACCAAAAAACUCGCCGCCUCCGAGGAUAACCUCCACGCGGCGCUCAUCUCCGUCUCCGCGGCGAGCGAACUCCAGCGGGAUGUUUCCGAACUGCGCUUCACCGUUGAGUCACUGCAAGCCGAAGACGUAUCGGUAUCGGGCGACCUAGAAGCGGUCAACGCUCGAUUUCUCAACGUGACAGAGACGUGGCAGGAGCGCCUCGCCGCCGCCGUCUCCGAGCUGGAAGCCCUCAAGGCUGAGUCCGGGGAAGCCCGCAUCGGGGCCGCGGAGAGGGUGAACGAGGUCGAGCGGAGGACCCGUCAGCUUACGGAGAAAUUGGAGGAGUUGGAAGACAGCACCAGGAGGAACGCCCGGGCCAUGGAGCGCGCUGAAGAGGAUGAUACCAAGCGAGCGCAGGCGCAGCUUGACUGGAACACCGGUCAAAUCCAGAAAAUGGAUGAGAACAUCAACAGGCUGGUUCGCCAGGAGGCAGAGCUGGACGCCCUGCUACAGGAGCACCUGCCGAGGGCGAAGGAGUGCGAGGAGCAACUUCCCCUAGUGGAGGAGGCCCUGCGUUCCGUCGUGAAGCUGGGAGCUGACUUAAGCGCAACCGAAAGGCGCCUGGAGGACGUGACGCUGCAGGUCUUCUCGGCUGAGGACAACAUGCUAAAGACGCUUAACCAGAUUGUCUCCAUGCGCAAGGAAAUGGAUGCCCUGAAGGCGCGUGGCAGCAUUCUGAAAAUGAAGAGCGAGUUGGAGGUGGUGCGUGAGGCCGUGCAGGAACUCACUAUGGUGCUCAGAGGUGGGCAGGCAGAUGAGGAGGAAGAGGAGCCCGAUGAAGAGUGGGAAGAUCCUCAAAAUGAGGUCAUGGAAUGAUUUCAUUGCGACCAGAGGAAAGGAGUGGCCCUGUUGGACUGGACUUGUAUCCAGAUGUCAUACUGUCUUGUAACAUGUUUUGUAUUUUUUGUGUGUUUUAAUUGUCCUCUUAAAAGUGAUGUGUAUGCUGGACUGGUCGCCAUCCCAAUUUAAUUUUUUAACAUAUAUUUCACCAAUAAAAACUAAAAAACUAUUUAAAUAUGGAGUGUUUAUCACAAUAAUUAAGCACAGUGAAAAUGUAACAGUUGUGACGGGAGACGCAGUUUUGGGGAGAAUUUCAGGGUUACAGUAGAAAUUGUGCUACCUUGUGGUAAUGUUGGUGAAUUACAUUAACAGCAAGCGCACACUAAAUAUUGAGAGAGGGCGAGAACCAGAAGUGGUAUUUGCUAUGUGGCAAAAUUGAUUUAACCAUGUGGCAUUUUUUUCGGGUAUGUGGCAAAAUGGACUU